AUGUCUACUAUGGUGAAAUCAGAAGAAGCUAAGUUAGAGAAUGAUAACCCAAAGAUUGUUGAGCAAGUCAAGCUUUCUAACGGUUUUGAAGAUCAAAAAUCUUCUCCUCUUCCCAAUGAAGAGACAAAAGAGGAAACCUCUCGUGGUGAAACUAGUGGUGAAAAACCAGGCAAGGAAAAAGGAGUGGUACAAGAUACACUACAAGAUAGAAUUUCUUCUGUAGCUACUAAAAAAAGAAACACUCCAAUAUGGUUUAGAUUGGUGGCUUCUAAUCAAGACAAUACAAUUGCACCACUACAACAAAUAUCUUCUUCUUCCAUAAGGGUUAAGAACAGUAAUAUGCAACUUUCAUUUAUCAAGAAAUACCUUGUAAAGAAACUCGAUCUUAAAAGCGAAAAUGAGGUAGAGUUAUACCUAGAAAAUGAACCUCUCGAUUCAUCCAUUAUGUUGCCUGACUUGUGGCAGUAUUGGAUCUCUACAAAGAAAGAUGUUGAUGUAAGGAAUGUGAAGGUGGGAUCUUCAGGCGCUGAUUACAUCAUGGCCAUCAACUAUGGCCGCAAAUCUGGAAAUGUGAUUUAA